CCCCAAGCUGCUUUCACUCCUCAAUCAGGAGUCACUCUCCACACCUGUGCACAGGUGAUCUGAAUCCCUGCAAUCAGUCGCGGGGGAAAAUCAGCACCAGACAAAAGAAAAAUAGCAAGUCUCAGAAAUAACUGGACUGCUACAGUCAAGAUGAGGACAAAAAAACAUAGCGUGAUACAAACAAUCAAGAUUAAAAGAACCACUGGAAAUAAAAGCAACAUGUUAGUAAACGCGCUGAAGAAACAAAGACCACGAAAUAUGCAAUAUCUCUUCUUCAAAAUAAGAAGACUGAGAGUGGGAGGUUGUGAAUUUGACCAGAGACCGCCAUGGCAGUCAGCUUUGUGCUGCUGCUGCUCUUUGUCUUGAAAGGGGCUGAUGGUUCUCGCAUCGUUGGCGGCAGAGAAGCUGCCCCACACUCCCGCCCCUACAUGGCUCUGCUGCAAGUCCGCGGUCGCCUGAACUGCGGGGGAUCCCUGGUGAGAGAGGACUUUGUGCUCACAGCCGCACACUGUCAGAUACCUGUACCAUACACGGUGGUACUUGGUGCAAAUUCCCUGUCCGGUAAUGAGUCCACAAGACAGGAGCUCAGCUCCAUCAGGUCCUUUCCACAUCCCGACUAUGAUGGACAUGCUAAUGAUAUAAUGCUCCUGAAGCUCAACCGCAGUGCUCAACUGACGGAAGCGGUGCAGCUGAUCUCUCUGAAAAGGGGCCAGCUGAGUAGAUCCAGUAAGUGCAUCACAGCCGGCUGGGGCGAUGUGGGGGAUAACAAGACCUUAGCAGCCAGGCUUCAGGAGGUCAACGUGACCUCCCUGGCACAGCGGACCUGUCGUAGGAGAUGGCGAGCUGUUCCCAUCACCAGGUCGAUGGUUUGUGGCGUUGGGGACAGCGUCUUUCAAGGCUUCUGCUCGGGGGACUCAGGUGGGCCCUUGGUGUGUGACGGCGCUGCAGCAGGAGUCAUCUCCUUCUCUGGCCGGCGCUGCGGAGACCCCAGGACCCCUGAUGUCUACACUCGCGUAUCUUCCUUCAGCGACUGGAUUACUGGAGUGUUAAACAACAAUUAGGCAAAUUGGAUUGAAUGGUGGUGCGUUGCCUGUUUAGGAUGCACUUUCCAAGACAAGGCUCCUAAUUACGUGCAAACAUGUGGCAGUGUUGUGUUGUUUAAUAUCAGUGCUGUGCUUGCUGAAAAAUAAUGUCAUAAAUAAUGUUUUUGUCCCCCCCCCCCACAAUUUGGUUUCUGCAUUUGAACUGGGUUGGGCAGAACUCUUUUCAUUGUGAAGUUUGAAAAAGAGUGCUGAGCUGAAUGUAAAAAAUGAAAGUGACACCGCCAUCACAUGAUGAAUAAAACCAUGAAUUCUGCA